CAGCUUUCAGGAAUCAUAUUAAUGACGAAGAUGGCUAGUUGGCCUCAGGUGCCUCAGCGUGUAUGUGACCUCCAGUAUGAUUUGUCUCUUACAGAUCCAGCAGCUCCACUCCAGCAAGAUUAUCACACAGUGCUUGCCAAAUGGGAAGAGAUGAGUAAUGUUGGUGGUACGAAAGAAGAGGUGGUCAGAGUUGGCAACGCUAUGAUGGAAGUCAAAAUAAAAUGUGAACAAGGAGGCUAUCCCAUGAUAAUAUCGAACUCCAUUGAGGUGGUUAUCACUAUUGCCUUCAAGAAUUCAAAUGAUGUAGCUGCUGAGGAAAAGGAAUUGGAUGUCACAAUAACACCCAAUACUUCAGACAGUGAAGUCACUGAAAAAGUUACUGAUAACCCCAUCAGAUGCACUAUCAAGAAUCUUCAAGCAUUAGAUAGUGACUUGUGUGUGGAUCUUUACUUCACAAGAGAAGAAAAUACUGUUGCGGUGUGCAGAUUCAACCUUGGGACACCUUCUCUUUGUAAUAUUUUGAAUUCUCUUAAAAAUGAACUCUAGAAAUGGUGAAUAUCGUGU